CCUAUGCCUCCCCUUAACUGCACCCACAUUAACAAUAUCAGUUUUCCUAGUCCAAAGUCAAACAUCAUUAUCCCCCAAGUAGAACAUGAGUUCUGAGGAUUCCACAAAGAAACCUCAGUCAGUUGGACCAUGGGGAGGCAAGGGAGGAUCUCUUUGGGACGACGGGGUAUACUCAGGAGUAAGGCAAUUGGUGAUAGUUCAUGGAGCAGGCAUUGACUCCAUCCAGAUUGAAUAUGAUAAGAAAGGAAGCUCCAUUUGGUCAGAGAAACAUGGUGGAAGUGGAGGCCGUAAAACUGACAAGGUGAAGUUUGAUUAUCCAAAUGAGAUCCUAACCAAAAUCCAUGGAUACUGUGGCAGUUUCAAUCACCUGGGGCCAAACUUAGUUCGGUCACUGAGUUUUGAGAGUAACAAGAAAACUUACGGACCAUUUGGUGUUGAACAAGGAACAUAUUUUUCAGUCCCAUUGACUGGUGCAAAAAUUGUUGGAUUCCAUGGCAGGUGUGGUUGGUACAUAGAUGCCAUUGGAGUCUAUCUGAAGUCCCUGAAACAACCAAAUCCAUCAAAGCCUUUGGCUCAUUCCCAGAGCCCCAUUACUCAGUUCUCUGAGAAUUUUGGUUAUUCUGUGAUACAAGGAACUGUGAACGAACACUACGAUAUUGUUCUUGCUCUGAAACAAAAAGAUCAUUUCAAUGAGAAUUUAGCAAAGAAUGUCCCCGGAAAAUAUUCUUUUGUCCAAGAAUCCAAAAAUACCGAACACAAAGAAAAGAUGGCUCGUGUGAAAGAGUCAAUCCCAAAGGUUGGAGGUGUGGUCACAUAUGGACCUUGGGGUGGCAUUGGUGGACAUGUUUUUGAUGAUGGAAGCUACACAGGAAUCAGGCAAAUCAACUUGUCACGCAACGUUGGAAUUGUAUGGAUUAGAGUUUUGUAUGAUUAUCAUGGGGAAGCCGUAUGGGGAUCCAAACAAGGUGGAACAGGAGGAUUCAAAACUGAAAAGGUAGUCUUUGAUUUUCCUUAUGAAGUCCUGGCACAUGUAUCUGGCUACUGUGAUCCUUUGAUGUACAUGGGGCCUGUUAUUGUAAGGUCACUGACUUUCCACACCAAUAAGAGAAAGUAUGGACCUUAUGGGGAUGAACAAGGAAAUUCUUUCACCACAAAAGUGAAAGAAGGUAAAAUUGUUGGCAUUCAUGGGAGAAAAGGUUUGUUCCUAGAUGCUUUUGGAGUACAUGUUGUAGAAGGGAAAGUAACAGUGCCUGUGGCAACCCUUCCCAAGGAAAUAAACCCUAGAGAAACAAGUAUUGGAGAUGAAGGCAAUGCUCAAUGGCCUAGCAAACUAGUUCUUGCUAAGUCAUCAGCAGCUGAAGAGGUUUCUUGUGGUGUGAUGAAAGAACCAGCUCCAUGUGGACCAGGGCCAUGGGGUGGGGAUGGAGGUAGACCCUGGGAUGAUGGAGUCUUUUCUGGGAUUAAGCAAAUUUAUUUGACAAAAGUAUCAGAAGGAAUAUGUUCUAUCCAAAUGGAGUACGACAGAAACAGACAAUCUGUGUGGUCUGUAAAACAUGGUGGUAAUGGAGGAGACACCAUGCAUAGGAUACAAUUGGAGCAUCCACAUGAAGUACUGACUUGCAUUUCUGGCUAUUACGGGUCAAUCACUAAGGAUGAUCAGCAACAUAAAAUCAUAAAGUCACUGACUUUUUACACUAGUCGUGGGCAGUAUGGUCCAUUUGGUGAAGAAGUUGGGAAAUUCUUCACCUCGACCACUACAGAGGGCAAGGUGCUGGGUUUUCAUGGUAGGAGCAGCUUGUACUUAGAUGCCAUUGGAGUCCACAUGCAGCACUGGCUAGGAAGCAAUAAAACUUCUAGGUCCUUACUCUUCAAGCUAUUUUGAUCACUACCUCUCACCAAAACAACAACUUAGCAUUUGGACUAGUAUUGAGGAGAGUUUGAAAUCUUGAUGUGAUUAGAGUUUGAAAAUUUGAUGCAAUAAUAACACGUUAAGGAAAGUUGUAUAAGCGGAUUAUUGAGAACAUCAAUGCUUGUAUGCUUGAAACGGUUAGGUAUGAGACAAAAC